AUGAAGCAGCGGAUGGCACCCAAGAUAUACGAGACGGUCCCAGAGCCGAACUACACGCAGCUCGUCGCCCAGACCUGGCGCCACAUCCGUGAGCAGCCUUACGAGGACGUUAUGCUGAUGCACGGUCGGUACGGGCUUAUCGGUGUCGUGCGCGCUAUCUACCAGGCCAGCGCCGUCGAUCCGAAGAAGCGCGAGGACUUCCGCGUCGUCAUGCUCGAUGCAGCGGACGCCUUGCGGGCUAUGCGCGAGACCAUUGGGUCUGCGCGUGACGCUCAGUGGGUGCCGGCCGCAGCGUUGACCGCAACGACGUCAAGCUACGGAGGUUCUUGA